UACACGGUUAGUUUGCCUCGAAACUUCGCCACCAGCGGAAACAUCUGUGGAACUCUCCAUAAAUCUGACGCUUCUGUUGCGGACCUGUGGAGGGAAGACUGGCUCACUGACCUCAACUCAUUUAUCAGUUUUCCUAUUGUCGUUGUUUUCAGUUCUUCCAAAAUAUGGACCAAAAAACUUCACACGAGAUCGCCUGUCGUUUUAUUGUACCAGGGAACGCACCAGAUAAAGUGAUAGAGACCUACUCCGAAUGGGCUCAACAUUAUGAUGAGAUUUGUGAUUCAUUGAAUUACAUUGGCCCCAAAUUAGCAGCCAAUGAGGUGGCAGCCAGAAUCCCUCAAGAGAAGCGAGGCGCCUUGAAAGUCAUUGACGUUGCUGCUGGGACGGGAAGAGUUGGUCGACUGCUGAGAGACAAAGGGUUCUCAAACAUUGACGCCCUAGAGCCAUCAAAGGGCAUGUUGGAUGUGCUAAAGAAAACAGGAGCGUAUACGAACACGUACGCAGAGUUCCUGGGAGUUGGACAAAAUUCAGUCCCUGAAGAUACGUAUGACGUCCUAGUCAUGGCGGGUGGUUUUGCAGAGGGCCACAUACCUGUCAGUGGAAUUGAUGAUAUGAUCAGAAUAACAAAACCUGGAGGACUGGUCAUCAUCGCAAUGAGGAAGAGCUUCCUACGCUGCGAGGAAUACAAGGACAGAUUGAUUCCUUACAUGGAUGAGAUGGAAAGGCAAGGAAAGUGGAUUAAGGAAGACGUUGAAUUCGUCCAUGAAUACGUUGUCAAUGAGAAUGGAAUUCUUUUUACAUACAAAGUUGUAUAAGUUCUUUCUGUUUAUUAAUUAACCAAAAAGGUGAUAUAAUCCAUUUCCUGUUCCAUUUAAAGGAAUUUUAAUAAAACUCCAGCAAAUUGUAAACACUCUUAUUUAACAGAAAAUAGGCUAUACACAGUCAUCCAUACACAUUGCUAUGAUAAAAAGAAAUUAUGUUUUUUCUCAUUAGGCAUUGCUAAAACCUAUUUAUGCAGAUGCUUUCAAAAUAGUUGAUUGAGCAGUUAGCAAUCAGAGUAGCAAUCUAAUAUAACUAAUGAUUUGAGCACUCAGAGCAAUAAUCCAUAUUAAAUAGUAAGUGCUUUAUGAUAACUAAGUCUAAUCUAAUCGAGCUGCCCUACAAAAUCUAUUUGGAGGGCAUUAACAGGGUUGAGAAGAGAUACCUUUAUCUUUUAUUUUAAUAUGCCUUAUACUCCAAGUAAUAAGCUCUAUAACAGUUAAGUGAAUAAGUCCAUAGUGUACAGGUAACAUUUUCAUUGAUAAUUACAUCAAAGAGCUUCUGUUCAUUAAGUAUUCAAAUUGCUUUAAGUUACCUUGAAAAUAAAUUCUUAAAAUGA